UAAAGUUACUUCUAUCUGAGGUAAAUUUACCUCACCUGAGGUAAAGUUAUCUCAUCUGAGGUAAAUUUACCUCACCUGAGGUAAAGUUAUCUCAUCUGAGGUAAAUUUACCUCUCUCUGAGGUAAGGUUAUUUCACCUGAGGUAAAGUUUCCUCCCCUGAAGUAAAGUUAUUUCACCUGAAGUAAAGUUACCUCCCCUGAGCAGCAGCAGCAGGAGAUGGGCGACUUCCGAGACAUCAGAGGCUUCUUCACCAAGGCCGAGUGGAGCGAUCUGGCCGAGUGCGAGAAGCGGCGCUACAGGAACAUCAAGCAGAACCACGCCGUCCUGCUGAACCUCGGGAUGAACCCGGCCCAGCCCGAGUUCAUGCGCGCACGCGGCAAGCGCAGGGCGAGGGGGAAUGGAGCGGAGUGCGGGCGGUCGAGCGACUCCGACGAGGAGUGGACGGGGAGGAGGAAGAGGAAGGAGGUGGCGAUGCACGGAGGACGAAGAGGCAAACGAGGAGGCAAGGGGGCUGCUUCACGCUGGGCCACCGUGGGAGAGUGGCACGCGAGGGCAGCUCCCAGCAAGCGCAAGACUAAAGCGGAAGCCCUGGAGUACGUGUGGAGCAUCUUGCAGGGCGUGGAGGAGGAGGAGCAGCAGCAGGAGGAGGAGUUCAGGGGAUUUGAGCUGAGGGAGGUGCACAAGGCCAGGAUGGCGAUGUUCAGGCUGGAGCGCAGAGCCACCGCCUGCAAGGAGGCCCUGAGGGUGGCGCUCCAGAGGAUACGUGGAGCGCUCGCUCUCGCUACGGCCUGCGCCCCGCGCGAGAGGAAAGUCUACACAGAGGUGGAGGAGCCCCAGGACGACGACUUCUUCUAUUUACUACCGCACGUUCCGUGCCGUGGGCCCGGCUCUGAGCUGCUGGUCUGGUACGGCGAGGAGUUCGCCCAGGAGCUGGGCAUCGCCUGCGAGGCCGGGCCCUCGCGACGCCGCAGCAGGAGCAGCAGCAACGAGAUGGCUCCCAGGGCCACCGCCAGAGACCUGCAGCCCGUGCAGCCUCCACCAAGCGAGGAACACUGUGGAGUGGGUGUGGAGGUGACAAGGCUGCCGUGUCCUGCCUGCAACCGUCAGUUCAUCUGCCGCUCGAGUCUACAGUAUCACGUGCAGAGCAGACACCCCACUAAGCCCAGUAACAAAAGUCAUCAGUGUGACCAAUGUCCAUUCAGCACAGACUACAAGUGUAGCUUGAAGAUGCACCAGAGAACACACACGGGAGAGAAGCGGUUCAAGUGCACCGUGUGUGAGAAGGCGUUUUCACAACUACCAACUCUUCACAGCCACCAGAGAACACACACGGGAGAGAAGCCGUUCAAGUGCACCGUGUGUGAGAAGGCGUUUUCACAACUACCAAAUCUUCACAGCCACCAGAGAACACACACGGGAGAGAAGCCGUUCAAGUGCACCGUGUGUGAGAAGGCAUUUGCACAUUUACAACAUCUUCACAGCCACCAGAGAACACACACGGGAGAGAAGCCGUUCAAGUGCACCGUGUGUGAGAAGGCGUUUGCAGACUCAUCACAUCUUCACAGCCACCAGAGAACACACACGGGAGAGAAGCCGUUCAAGUGCACCGUGUGUGAGAAGGCGUUUGCAGACCUAUCAAAUCUUCGCGUGCACCAGAGAACACACACCGGCCAGGAUGCAUUUUCUCCUUCCCGUGGAAACAGAAAAGUCAGCCAUCCUGAGCAAAUCGUGCACUGCGCCGAGCUGUGAAUUAGUUUUAAACAACAGGCCACGUGAUUAGCCGAGGCUGUGCCACCCUUGAAACUGAUUUUGAAUGUGAACACGGAAACCUACGGAUCCUCCUACACCUGACUCACACUCUGUGGGGGGUGGGAGAUUAAACCGACCCGGCCACCCCUCGAUUGCAAGUGCGGAGUUCUAGGUCCCAACCACUGCACUUCCCUCCCCAUCACCUGGGGGUCCCCGUGUGUGUGAGUGUGCAGAGUCCCCCGUGCAGAGCUGCACUGUUGUUACCCUAGAGGGGGGCACCGCAGGGCGAUCCACCUACAGACACCCCAGUCUGCACGUCUCCCGCCGGUCUCCAUGCGCACCGCGUGCCGUCUCGUAGCCCUGCCCCGUGCGACGUACGUACAGUACUUACAGUACGUACCCAUCCAGCGGUAGACUGAACCGCGGCUGAUGACGAAGGUGGCAUCCGCUCACAAAUCUCCGAACACUCAGUCCAGAGGUCGCAACCGGGUACCCGAUACCCGUACCCUACGGUCACUGGUGAGUAACUGUCACUCAUUUCCCAACGUCUUGUCUCUUCUCACAAUUCAAGUUCCUAGAAUCAACCCACCCGCGCCUGCAACAUGGCUUCACCCCAGAGGUCGCAAUCAGGUACCCGAUACCGGGUACGGGUACCUGUUUACGACGCUGGUGCGGCCAGGUACGGGUAAGGAAUCAAAACCCGUUUGCGACCUCUGACUCAGUACCGUAGCCCCGAGCCAUCGCUUGUGCGCUAUUCACUUUGCUGCUGAGAGGAAAGCUACGGGGUGGAGGUGGGGGGGUUGCUAUGAGAGGACAUCUGUGGAA